AUUAACUGCUCCUUCUCUGUCCCUCUUUUAUCUCUCUCUGUCUCUCCAGUCAAUGGCUGCUUGCUUCUCAUUCGUGCCCAUCCACUCCUUUCUAUCUUUCACAUGGAAACCAGGAGGAGCAAUCCCCAUCAUCACAGAAUCACCUGAUUUUCUUCGUGCUGAUCCAUUAACUGAGGUAGGGUCUAGGCAGAGCCCUCCCAUUCUCCACACCAUCUCGUUUUCCAAAUCCUACUGCUCUCAAUCUUGAGUUUAAGGUAAAACCCCUGGAGGCUGGAAUCCGAGUGGUCUUCUUCUUCCUUAUGUGAAACCAGAAGGAGGAACACCAAUACCCACAUCAGGGAAAUGCCUAAUUACCCGAUACUGUGCAUCUGCAGAGGAGGAUAAACCCUGAUUUGCUGUCUAUCAUUCCUCUGAACCCUCUCACCACGAAUCACCGCCUUCGCUGGAAGGUGUAAGCUUUUGAUCUAGAGUCAUCGACCAGGUGGAGAAGCCUUAAUCGAAACUACCCAUCUUCUUCCACACCUUUCUGCAACAGCACGAAGCAGCGACAUGGAAAAUACCCUAAUUUUCCGUGUAUCUCUCGUCUUUCUCCUUGCCUCGCCUAUGCUCCUUCAUGUAUUCAGCGCAGAGGAUGAUGUCCGCUGCCUCAAGGGGCUUAGUCAAGCGCUAUCGGAUCCUGACGGGAACCUGAACAGCUGGACUUUCGCCAACUCGUCGGUCGGAUUUAUCUGCAACUUUAACGGAGUCGGGUGCUGGAACAGUCGCGAGAAUCGGGUCCUCGAGCUUCGCCUCUCCGGUAUGAAGCUCUCCGGCAGCAUACCGGACUCUCUUCAAUACUGCUCUAGCAUGACAUCCCUUGACCUCUCCAACAACCAGUUCUCUGGCGCCAUACCAGCCGGCGUCUGCAAGUGGCUUCCCUACCUUGUCACCCUCGACCUAUCCAAUAACCGCUUCUCCGGCCCCAUCCCGCCGGAGCUCGCCGACUGCCACUUCCUCAACGCCCUCAUGCUCAGCGACAACCAGCUCACGGGCUCCAUCCCCAGCCAAUUAUCCCAACUCAACCGGCUGAAGAAGUUCUCUGUCGCGAAUAACAUGCUCUCUGGCUCGAUCCCCUCGACCUUUGCCGGAUUCGAUUCGUCUUGGUUUAGCGGCAACAGCAAGCUCUGCGGCGACCCGCUCGGAUCGAAAUGCGGGGGGCUGGGAAGAACUAGCAUGAUCAUCAUCAUCGCCGCUGGAGUCUUCGGCGCCUUCGUCUCGCUGCUGUUCGGCUUCUUCAUCCGUUGGUGGUACUUCGGCGGCAGGAAGGGAGGUCACGGUGAGGUCGACGGCAGUGGCGACGGAUGGGUGGAUCGAUUGAGAGCACACAAAUUGGUCCAUGUUUUCAUGUUUCAGAAGCCCAUCGUCAAGAUCAAAUUGGCGGAUUUAAUGGCGGCCACCAACAAUUUCGAUCCCGAAAAUAUCAUCUUGUCGAAUCGAACCGGUACCACCUAUCGGGCGUUGCUGUAUGAUGGGUCGGCAUUGGCAAUCAAACGUCUUCCGAAUUGCCGAUUGUCGGAGAAGCAAUUCCGGGCUGAGAUGGCUAGGCUUGGUCAGCUCAGGCACCCCAAUUUGGUGCCAUUGUUGGGCUACUGCAUCGUUGAGGAAGAGAGGCUUUUGGUGUACAAACACAUGGCCAACGGGACAAUGUGGUCUCUGCUGCAUGGGAAUGGCCCUAUGCGGCCGAGUGAGGUCGAUUGGGCUACGAGGUUGAAGAUUGGCAUCGGGGCAGCGAGGGGGCUUGCUUGGCUUCAUCAUGGCUGCCAACCAGCAUUCAUUCACCAGAACAUCAGUGCUACAACUGUGCUCUUAAACGAGGACUAUGAAGCGCGGAUCAUGGAUUUCGGACUCGCCAGAUUGCUAGGUUCUUCUGAUAAUAACCUUAGUACGUUCAUCGAUGGCAAUUUUGGCGAUUUUGGGUAUAUAGCGCCUGAGUAUUCGAGCACAUUGGUUGCUUCAUUUAAAGGGGAUGUGUAUGGGUUCGGAGUACUGCUGUUGGAACUGGUGACAGGGCAGAAGCCCCUGGAUGUGUCAAAUGCAGAUGAAGGAUUCAAAGGGAACUUGGUUGAUUGGGUGAACCACCUUUCCGCUGCCGGCCACCUUAAGGACGCCAUUGAUAAGUGUCUGUGCGACAAAGGUAACGAUGAAGAGAUCUUGCAGUUCCUUAGGAUAGCAUUUGCUUGUGUGUCACCAAGACCAAAAGAGAGAGCGUCCAUGUAUCAAGUCUAUCAGUUGCUCAAGAACAUUGGCGAGUCGUAUGAUUUCUCUGAGCAUUUUGAUGAGUUUCCUAUGGUAGUAAACAAGGAAGAUGAGGACCGCCUUGAAUGAACUUACUCAAGCAAGUGAAGAAACUGACGAUCAUCCUCGGGAAAUGAGUUCCUCUGCCCUUCACUUCAGCAUCAUGUUGUAUCAUGGUAUGUUUUAGAUUUUUGUGUAAUCUUCAAGAUGCGCUCCAUUCUCCUGGAAUUAAUGUAUUUUGUAUCAAAUUACUUUCCUUUGUAAGAUUAUGAACCUUUUUAAUUUUCA